CUUUGUUGAAUUGUAUGGUUGUUGGUCGCUAGCGGAUUCCCCAAGCUAACACACCAUUUUGAGGAAUUAUACCUUGAUUUUCUGCAUGUAUAUUAACAAGUAUUGUUGAACGAUUAACGAUGGAAGAGAGGCGUUAUGGAUCUGUGCCUGUCCCCUCGGAAUAUCUUCAAAACUGGGUACACGCUGCACAGCAGCACCUGCAGACGUUACAGUCCCAGUACCCUCACUUGGCAAACGGUGGACACUAUAUGGACGGCGCCAUGGAAAAUGGGGGUAUGAUGGAGAUGCCUGGCAACCCACUGGCCAUGGUCCAACAAGCUCCUCAGCAAGCACCAGCCAAGGGCAAGCGAGGGCGUCAACCCAAAGAGCCCAAGCCUAAACCGGAGCCAAAGCCUAAACCGCCACCCAAAGCAAAGGCCGAACCAAAAGCCAAACCAGGCCCAAAGCCUAAAAAGGCCAAGCUGGAUAAGGGUGCUACAGAGGGUGAGGGCGGUCAGGAGAAGAUCGAUGAGACAUUCAAGAAAGUGAGGAGGAAAGUGGAUCGAUUCAAAGGCAUGUCCGAGGAGGAGGUCAUGACCAAGACACUUCCAGACAUCCUUAAGCAGAAUCUGGACUAUGUGAUUAUUGGAAUAAACCCUGGACUAAUGGCAGCUUACAUUGGAAGAUGGUUCCCUGGUCCAGGAAACCAUUUCUGGAAGUGCCUGUUCCUUUCCGGAUUCACAGAUCAGCUACUCAAUCACAUGGCUGAUGAGACCUUACCUGAGAAAUAUGGAAUUGGUUUCACAAAUAUGGUAGCCAGGGCCACCCCAGGAAGCAAAGAUCUCUCAACCAAAGAACUCAGGGAGGGAGGCAAAAUUUUGGUUGAGAAACUAAAGAUAUUCAAGCCUCUCAUAGCAGUAUUCAAUGGAAAAUGUAUUUUUGAGAUGUUCUGCAGGGAGAUCUUUGGGAAGAAGCCAAAGAAGCUUGACUUUGGCUUGCAGCCUCAAAAGAUUCCCGACUGUGAAACGGCCUUGUACCUGAUGCCUUCUUCUAGUGCUCGGUGCGCACAAUUUCCACGUGCCCAGGACAAAGUGCACUUCUAUAUCAAGCUGAGGGAGUUACGAGACCAACUGAAGGGUCAAGGAAAGGCAAAAGAAGUGCAAGAAGUCAGUUAUAGCUUCGACCUCGGAUUGGCCAAAGAGGAUGCCAAGAAGAUGGCUGUCAAAGAGGAGCAGUACGACCCAGGUUACGAAGCAGCUUAUGGCGGUGCGUAUGGUGAGCCAGGGGCCGGUAAUGAAGCGGAGGCAGGACAGAGCAAUGGUCAUUGCACCUUCUCUAACGUACCGGCUAAUGCAGAGAUGGACUCUGCAGAGAAGGCCUCCACUCCCCCAGCAGCGGAAGGACUGGUACCCGACGGCGGGUGGAUGACUCAAACCUUUGAUGACCAGAUACCGGACAUAAGCACCUCAUAAUCCGAAACUGAAUUCGGAUCGGCUCAAACCCAGACUAAAUAGUGGUUUGCUUGUGAGUCAUUUCCGAGGAAUAGCCAAUGGUGCUCUCCUGUUGAAAAUGGAGUAUCUCUUGACCUGGGUCCCAUUUAUGUGAGUGUUCAAUCAAGCUGGGUUUUCAUGGAACCUGGAACUAUCCUCAUUUGAAUCAAGUCUAUUGGACGAAUAGGAGUCUUCUGGCGUCUGAAUGGAGAGUGGGGUAUGAUGGGCCAAGGUCCAAGACUGAGAGAGGCUGUAUCAACUCCAUCUUCAACCUCUUUCCUUACUUUUGCAAUUAUCUGUACCUCAGUACACCAGCUGAAGACUCUUGGAAACAAAUGCCCCUUUUAACAGAAAUUACCUAGAAAAACUGUAUGGAUUCCACAAUUUGUACCUUGAAUUUAAACUAGUUGGUUUUAGGAAGUAGCUUUUUUUCUGUUGAGUGGUGCAUUUUUAAAACAUUGGCUUUUUGAUAAUGGUAAGUAACAUUUUUUUAAGCAGCAAAAAAAAUAUUUUCCCUUUUUUAAUGAAUGAAAACAAUGUUUUCCCAUUUUUAAACUAUGGAAGUAAUGUUACAUUUGAUUGGCAUGAUACUUAAGUUGUCACCUCAUACUGGUGUAGAAAUCUUGUUUCCUUUGUGGCUGGUUCAGCACUGCUAUAUUUUUAAUGUUAUCAUAAAUCAGGGAAUAAUACUUGAUUGUGUUGCGCUCUUUGGAAAAUGUUCACUAUUUAAAUGACUGUUUCAUGUUGAGUUUGUUUAUGUGCUGGUUGCUGCAAAUGUUGAAGCAUAAAGGUUUAUGCUGUUGAACAUUUCUGUGGCACGUUACAAGUACAACACAACAUUGUGUUCACAUUUCUUAGUUUAUGCAAUUAGACAACUGUAACUGUAGUGAAAUAAAAUGUAGAUUAAUUUUGUGAAUUUAAAAAAACAAUUAUGAAGGUGUAAUCAGCCAAGGCCCCUAGGGUAUUAGGAAGUCUUAAAGAAACGGUUGCCUUUUAUCCCUAAAGAAAUAAUACAUCUGCAGUCUAACACACAUGGCUGGAUUGAUAGUCUCUGAAGCACUGGGCUGUGUUCUGCAAGUGGUAACGUGCAGUUAAGACUGGCCAAGCCUGCUUGAGUGUGUCUAAAUAUUCAUCAGAUGUUUGAACCGGAGCUAGAGUCUACAUCCAGACUUCUGUAGUGCAUAAAAGCCAGCACUCAAUACAAGGAUAGUAUUAUAAUCUUAUCUCUUGUUAAAAAAAGGUAUGAAAUAAAAUAUACAAGCACAACUAGCACAUAGUGGUCUGUGUAAACUGAAUGAAUAUUUAGAUGCCCUUUUAUGGAAUGGACACUUAACACCACUUUACUGCUUCUGAUCCAGAGCCCAUGUUUACUGAUAAUCAUUGCCAGGUACAAUUUAACCAACUGUUGAAGACUGGUUUAGAUUACAAGCCUUUUUUUGGUGUGGAUAUGGGUGCUAUUUUAUUUUUUAUUUUUUUUCUCUUUUUUAUUUUUUAUUUCAUUUCUGUUCAUUAAAAUACUUUUG